CAGGCAGUAGUGACAGGGCCGGGCUUGGGUUGAGUCUAGGGGGCUGGAGAGUCUGCUAACAGCUGGGUCACAGCCAGGGCCAGCAGUGCGGGGACCCCUCAGCAGCAGUGCCCAAGUACAGCUUGGGUCACUUGUGUCACCCCUCAUCGUGCUAAUGGGGUAACAAAGAGGCCGGCACCUUGCUCGAGGUCUCCCAGCCCUUCCGUAGAGAGGGAAGGGGGCUGCGUGCUCCUGGAACCCCUUUGCCUGGGAGCUUUGGGGUCAUGAGACCCAGAAAGGGAGAGAGGCAGGUGUGGAGGUGCCUUGGGUUGCUGUGGCCCCCCCUGCCGCCUCCCCUCUUCAGGGCCCUGUCAUGGUGUGAACCCACUCCUGGCCACCUGUGCUGUCACCACCUUGGCAUGUGUGCCUGAUGGCUGGCCCAUUGGCGUGGUCUGUCCCCGCCUCCCUGAGCUCCUGGAGGGGCAGAGCUGGCCUGUUUAUCGCCGAGCCUGGCUGAGACCUGUGUGAGCAGUGGAGACACAGUGGCGGGGGGACACUGGUGGACAGGGGGCUGCUGACAGGCAGGAGACUUUCUGCAGAAAGCAAGAGGUGAUUAGGGUGGCCCACGGCCGCGUGUGGGGCCAGACCCCUCACCUCCCUGUGCUGGCAGCACUGACCGAGUGCCUGGGCCCCAUUCCCUGAGGAUGGGCCACCCAGAGACACCUGGGCUCAGAUGUUCACAGUGGCCAAGAAUCGGAAGAGGAGAGGGCAGCUGUCCUGGGGUGGAGUUUCCGCAGAUCACAGCAGAUGCUGUGUGCUGUGGACCCACCUGGGGUUCAUGGAGUGGGCCACGGGGCCCAGCCCUAAGCACUGCUGCACCCAGGGUCGCCGCGCCUCCUGCUGAGGGGUCCCCGCGCCACUGGCUCUCACCAUUGCCCUCACCUGCCGAUGGCCUCUGCUGCCCAGCCUGGGGCCAGCUCUACCGCCUGAGCCCCCUGCCCCACUCCAGGACUCACCGUACCCCGAUGGGGUAACGUGACACAGGCCCCGCACGUUAGAGGCCGCUGUCCCCACGGCCACUGCCCGUGACCCCUGGCCCAAGGCAGCUGGAGUUCGUUCAGUUCAAGUUCAUUCUUCCUCUGGCCCUUGGGGGCUUGGGGCCCACCUCUGAGUGAAGGGGGCUGUCUGCCCAUCCACCAAUGUGGAGAGGGCACCCCUGGCGUGGGGUCCAGCUCUGGACACUGCUUGGCGGCCGGGUUCACUUUGGGUUUUUAAGUUUUCUUUGCUGAACUUUUUUGGUUGUUCUUUUUAUUUUUUGCCUCUUUAUGACUAUCCAGCUCUGAGAGACGGGAGUUUGGAGUUGCCUGCUUUACUUUGGUUGGGUGUGGGGGGGGGGGGGGGGGGCGGGCUGUUUUGUUCCUUUUCUUUUUUAAGAGUUGGGUUUUCUUUUUUAAUUAUCCAAACAGUGGGCAGCUUCCUCCCCCACACCCAAGUAUUUGCACAAUAUUUGUGCAGGGUAUGGAGGUGGGUUUUUAGAUCUCGUUUCUCUUGGACAAGCACAGGGAUCUCGUUCUCCUCAUUUUUUGGGGGUGUGUGGGGACUUCUCAGGUCGUGUCCCCAGCCUUCUCUGCAGUCUCUUCUGCCCUGCCGGGCCCGUCGGGAGGCGCCAUGGCUCGGAUGAACCGCCCGGCCCCGGUGGAGGUGAGCUACAAACACAUGCGCUUCCUCAUCACCCACAACCCCACCAACGCCACGCUCAGCACCUUCAUUGAGGACCUGAAGAAGUACGGGGCUACCACUGUGGUGCGCGUGUGUGAAGUGACCUAUGACAAAACGCCGCUGGAGAAGGAUGGCAUCACCGUUGUGGACUGGCCGUUUGACGAUGGGGCGCCCCCGCCCGGCAAGGUAGUGGAAGACUGGCUGAGCCUGGUGAAGGCCAAGUUCUGUGAGGCCCCCGGCAGCUGCGUGGCUGUGCACUGUGUGGCGGGCCUGGGCCGGGCUCCAGUCCUUGUGGCGCUGGCCCUUAUUGAGAGCGGGAUGAAGUACGAGGACGCCAUCCAGUUCAUCCGCCAGAAGCGCCGCGGAGCCAUCAACAGCAAGCAGCUCACCUACCUGGAGAAAUACCGGCCCAAACAGAGGCUGCGGUUCAAAGACCCACACACGCACAAGACCCGGUGCUGUGUUAUGUAGCUCAGGACCUUGGCUGGACCUGGAGGCCCUGCCCAGCCCUGCUCUGCCCAGCCCAGCAGGGACUCCAGGCCUUGGCUGGCCCCACAUCGCCUUUUCCUCCCCGACACCUCCGUGCACUUGUGUCCGAGGAGCGAGGAGCCCCUCGGGCCCUGUGUGGCCUCUGGGCCCUUUCUCCUGUCUCUGCCACUCCCUCUGGCGGCGCUGGCCGUGGCUCUCUCUCUCUGAGGUGGGUCGGGCGCCCUCUGCCCGCCCCCUCCCACACCAGCCAGGCUGGUCUCCUCUAGCCUGUUUGUUGUGGGGUGGGGGUAUAUUUUGUAACCACUGGGCCCCCAGCCCCUAUUUUGCGACCCGUUGCCCUGACCUGUUCUCGGCACCUUAAAUUAUUAGACCCCGGGGCAGUCAGGUGCUCCGGACACUCGAAGGCAAUAAAACAGGAGCCGUG